UACGCGCGGCGCGCACGCAGCGUCAGAGCUUCGCCGACCAUGGCGGAAUGUGGCGGACUACACAGCGGCUCGAGAAGACACACCAUGGACAAAAGCAUCACUCUCCCGCCCGACGAAAUAUUCCGAAACCUGGAAAACGCCAAGCGGUUCGCGAUAGACAUCGGGGGAUCUCUCACCAAGCUCGCCUACUACUCAACAGUCCAACACAAAGUGGCCAAAGUGCGAUCCUUCGACCACACUGCAAAGGAGGCCACCAGCGACGAGCUGUAUGAAAUCACUAUGCAGGAAGAGGUCACUGCACGGCUGCACUUCAUCAAGUUUGAAAACGCCUACAUCGAAACGUGCUUGGACUUCGUCAGAGACCACCUGGUCAACACGGACACCAAAGUGAUCAAAGCCACAGGCGGAGGGGCGCACAAGUUCAAAGAACUCAUCGAGCGGAAACUGGGCCUCAGAGUGGACAAAGAGGACGAGAUGACCUGUCUCAUCAAGGGCUGCAACUUUGUGCUGAGGAACAUUCCGCACGAGGCCUUCGUGUACGCCAAGCACGCCGACUCGGAGUUCCGCUUCCAGACGACUCAGCCCGACAUCUUCCCGUACCUGCUCGUCAACAUCGGCUCCGGAGUGUCCAUCGUCAAGGUCGAAUCCGAGGACAAAUUUGAGCGAAUAGGAGGAAGCUCAAUAGGAGGAGGGACGUUCUGGGGCCUCGGCGCGCUGCUCACCAAAACAAAGAGGUUUGACGAGUUGCUGCAGUUGGCCUCAAAGGGGCAGCACACGAGCGUUGACAUGCUCGUCAAAGACAUCUACGGAGGGUCUUACGGAUCUUUGGGCUUGACCGGAGAUCUCAUCGCCAGCAGUUUUGGAAAGUCUGCGACCGCUGACAAAGGAGGCUUCUCUAAGGAAGACAUGGCCAAGAGCUUACUGCAUAUGAUCAGCAACGACAUCGGGCAGCUGGCCUGCCUGUACGCCAAACUCCACAGCCUGUCCCGGGUGUACUUCGGUGGCUUCUUCAUCAGAGGACACCCCGUCACCAUGCACACCAUCACCUACAGCAUCAACUUCUUCACCAAGGGUGAAGUUCAGGCCUUGUUCCUCAGACAUGAAGGAUAUCUGGGAGCCAUUGGAGCGUUCCUUAAAGGGGCCGAGGAGGACAAUCCGAACCAGUACAGCUGGGGGGAGAAUUACGCGGGCAGCUCGGGCCUGAUGAGCGUCUCCCCGGACAUGAACCCCAUGCAGCGCGCGCGCAGUGGAACGUUCCCAUUCGACAUGUUGGAGAUGGACCGCCUGGAGAGGAAGCUGGUCAAUCUGCCUCUGCUGCAGGACGCCUCGUCGUACAUCCCCGACACCGUGGACCUCACGGAGGACGCGCUGGCCCGCGAAUACUGGCUGUACUGCUUCGAGGAGGCGCUCGACGGGGUGGUUAAGAGAGCUUUGGCGAGUCAGCCCGACAUUCCGGAGGCGGCCGAGCGAGCCGAGAAGUUCCGGCAGAAAUACCGACACAAGCUUCAGACCCUCCGCCACCAGCCUUUCGCCUACGGGUCCCUCACUGUCAGAAGCCUGCUGGACACGAGGGAACACUGUUUGAACGAGUUCAACUUCCCUGAUCCCUACUCGAAGAUCAAGCAGCGGGAGAACGACGCGGCCCUCAAGUACUACCAGAAGGCGGUGCAGUCGCUGGAGGAGCUGAGCUGGGAGGAGAGGCAGUUCGCUCUGGUCCGGGGGGUCCUGGCCGGGAACGUCUUCGACUGGGGGGCCAAAGCCGUGUCCGACGUACUCGAGUCUGACCCGGAGUUCGGGUUCGAGCAGGCGAAGCGACAGCUGGAAGAGCGGCCGUGGCUGGUGGAUUCCUACGACGAGUGGUUUGAGCGACUAAAGGGUCCUCCUCAUAAGUGUGCCUUGUUUUUCGUAGAUAAUAGCGGAGUAGACAUCAUUCUAGGUGUGAUGCCUUUUGUCAGAGAGCUUCUCUCUCGAGGAACCGAGGUCGUGUUGGCCAGCAACUCCAGUCCGGCUUUAAACGACGUGACGAACGGCGAGCUGCAGAUAUUGACCGAAAGCAUCGCCGCCAUGGAUCCAGUGAUUCGGGCUGCUCUGGGGGAGGACAGGUUGACGUUGGUCCAAAGCGGCUCCAGCUCCCCCUGCCUGGAUCUGAGUCGCCUGGACAAAGUGCUGGCGAUGGUGGUGCGCGAGCGGAAGACGGACCUGGUGAUCAUCGAGGGGAUGGGCCGCGCCAUCCACACCAACUACUACGCCAUGCUCAGCUGCGAGAGCCUCAAGAUGGCCGUCAUCAAGAACUCGUGGCUGGCGGACCGCCUGGGCGGGAAGCUGUUCAGCGUGGUCUUCAAGUACGAGGUGCCGGCGGCGGGCAUCGACUCGCCGGCGCUGACGCCCUCGUGAGCCUCGGCGAAGCUGGUGGUCGGAAGAAAGCGGGUCAAGGUCGCGUGAUGCCGCCGCGGAGGGGGGGGGGGGGCAGAAGUUUGUUUUAAAGGUGUCUGUGUGGGGAAAUAUGAUUUUAAAACGGCGUUGCUUUUCUCCCAGGUUCGAUUUCCCACUUAGCUCGCCACCGCCGACUGUUGAUGACGUCAUCAUCGAGCGGGAAAAUCAAUGAGAGACACUCAUUUUUCAUCCGUCGUCAACACACGAGGGAAGUGAGGUGCCGCGUAUUUAAUGUGCCUUGGUGUGAUUGGGGCACUAUUCACUCGGAUCGAUUGGAAAAAGGGGGAAGAAGCACAUAAACAUCCACAGAAAUCUCCUGUUUAUUUUGCGAUGGAAUUGAGAUUAAUAAAUGAAUCACUUGUGUCGCGGAGGAGACGCGGAGCUCCUCCACCAGGUGGCAGUAUUCUGUCACGUAGGACUUUUUAAAAAUGAUGGUUUCUCUAAUCUUUGCCCCGGUGACCGGCGUGAACAUGAACGCCGCCCAUUUCAGGUUGAAAGACUUCUAACUGUGAGAAUGUGGCGUGUACAAGAACACGCGUGAUCCACCCGUGAAGAUGAACGCAGCUGCCUGACGGGAAUAAAGGGGCGGCAGCUCGUUGUAAACAAACCGUGGGAAUGUGUGAAAUGGCAGAAUCACAAAGUAACCGUUGCUUGACAUCAGAUUGUAAUAUUGUAUUUGUCCUCUGUACAUACAAGAUGUGAUGGGAUGUGUGUUUGUAUAAUUCACACACACACGCAAUGCAUUUAUAAAAUGAACUUGCAUCACUUAUGCACACCGAGCACAAUCGUGUGUAUUAUUCUGACAAUCGAUUUGAAUUAAAUUGUGAAAAACC